AUGAAACUCUCUGCUGCAAGGAAAAUCGUCCUUCAUCUCCCCACACGGCCGAAAUCCGGCUUGAGACACUUGUCCGGCGAUCCUCUUCCACCGCCGCCAAUCGAAAUAGUGUCCCUCCUCAAAACUACCGAUCACAAUGACUGGAUUUCCAACUCACACCUUGUUGAAUUUCUUAACGCAUCUCCGUCCCAUACUACCCUUCUCAAAAUCACCCGUCAAUUGGGUUCCACUGAUAAAGCUUUACAAUUCUUUGAAUUCUUUAAAGCUCAUAGUUCCUCGUUAAGUCCUUCUUCUAUUUCCUUCACAUUUCAAGCUAUUCUUGAACAAGCAAUGCGUGAUGAGAAAUCUAAUGUGCCAACUAGGCUUUUUCAACUGUUUUCCUUCUCCAAAGACCAAAAAAUCCCUUUAUCCAUCAAUGCUGCGACUCUUCUUAUACGAUGUUUUGGGCGAGCUAAAAUGCUUGAGGAAAUGAUGUCUGUGUAUAAUGAGCUUGACUCGGAUUCAAGAAACACGAAUGUGGUUAAUUUGUUGUUAGAUUGUUUAUUUCGUGGAGGGAGUACUGAUGAUGGGUUCAAGGUGCUCGACGAAAUGCUCGAAAGAGAUAGUGGUUUUCCGCCGAAUAAUAGUACGUUGGAUAUUGUUCUGUCUGUUAUGUGGAAGAGAAAUUGGGUUGGGACAAGGAUGAGUGUGGAGGAAAUUUGUGGACUUCUUGUGAGAUUUUUCGAACGCGGCGUGUUCUUGGAUGAUGUGUGGUUUACUAAAUUGAUUACCAUGUUUUGUCGAAGUGGGAAGUGCGAUAAGGCUUGGGACCUUUUGCAUGAUAUGAUGAGGUUGGGUGGUCAGGUGGAAGCUCCUUCGUUCAACGCCCUUUUGAGCGGGUUAGGCCGAGACCAUGAUUUUCAAAAGAUGAAUUUGCUUAUGAAUGAGAUGAAGGAAAAGGAAAUUAAACCGAAUGUUGUGACAUUCGGGAUUCUCAUCAAUCAUUUAUGCAAAAGUUACAGGGUCGACGAGGCAUUGCAGGUGUUUGAGAAGAUGGGAGGGAGUGAAAGUGAUGGCAUUCUUGUUAAGCCAGACCGUGUUAUCUACAAUACAUUGAUUGAUGGGCUAUGCAAGGUAGGGAAGCAAGAAGAAGGGUUUAAAUUGAUGGAGAAGAUGAGGUUGGAGAGUGGAUAUGAACCUAAUACUGUUACCUAUAAUUGCUUGAUUGAUGGUUUCUGCAAAGCGGGCGAGAUUGAGAGGUCAAACGACCUUUUUGACCAGAUGAAAAAGGACGGGGUUGGGGCAAAUGUGAUUACUCUGAAUACUUUGCUGGAUGGAAUGUGUAAGCAUGGGAGAGUUAGCAAAGCUAUGGGACUUUUUGCUGAGAUGCAAGAGAAGGGUUUAAAAGGGAAUUCGAUUACUUACACCAUCCUCAUUACUUCUUUUUGUAGUGUCAACAAUAUUGACAAAGCAAUGAGUUUGUUUAAUGAAAUGUCAGAAAAUAGGUGUUCCCCUGAUGCCAAAGUAUACUACAGUUUGAUUUUGGGCCUUUGUCAGGCUGGAAGAAUGGAUGACGCCUCCUGUGUUGCUUCAAAGGUGAAAGAAGCUGGGUUUGGCUUGGAUAUUAUCUGCUACAAUGCUCUGAUUGGGGGGCUUUGUAGGAAAAAUAAGAUUGAUGAAGCUCAUAAGAUGCUUAAAGAUAUGGAGGAGUCAGGUAUCAAACCUGACCGUUACACCUACAACACUUUGAUAUCAUAUUUCAGCGAGAAGGGGCAAUUUUCAACUGCCCAUAGAGUUAUGAAGAGGAUGAUUGAUGAUGGUUAUUUACCUAAUGUUGUUACAUAUGGAGCAUUAAUUAAUGCAUAUUGCUUAGCUGGAGAGCUUGAUGAAGCUAUGAAAAUAUUCAAGAAUAUGAGUUCUGCUACUAAUGUGCCACCAAACACAGUCAUAUACAAUAUUUUGAUAGACACACUCUGCAAGAGUGACAAAGUAGAAGCUGCUAUGUCUUUGUUGGGUGAUAUGAAGGACAAAGGGGUAAGACCAAAUACCAUAACAUACAAUGCCCUCUUUAAAGGUCUUCAGGAGAGGAAUUGGGUGGAAAAAGCAUUUGAAAUAAUGGACCAAAUGACUGAAAAUGCAUGUAAUCCUGACUACAUUACCAUGGAAGUCCUAACACAAUGGCUUUCUGACAUUGGUGAAAUUGAAAAGUUGCGAAGCUUUGUGGAAGGAUAUGAGGUUUCUACAUCAACUGCCUAAUACUAACUGAAACUGAAGAUACUUUCCUAGUUCUGCUGUGAUGUUCACUGGGCAUGUCGAGAUUCUUUUGCAGUCAGUUGAGUCCCAUUUGGAUAGCUUUCUCGGCCUUUUGGCUAAGAUCAAGUGGAAUGUGUGAGGUCCCAUUUGGUAUUAAAGCUCUGUGCUGUCAUUUGACAUACCUGCUUUGAUGCAUAAGUUGUUGGGUAGGUACACAAAUCAUUUUCUAUGAAGGCAUCUCCAUCCAUUGCUCUUUUGAUGAACUGAUUAUGAUUUGGACCCAACAAAAUGAUGUUACAAGUUUGGUGGCCGUGCUCUGCCAUGAAGUUCUGUAUUUUCAAAUUUCAUCCAAGUUGUAGCUGGUGUAAUUGCUGCCUGAAGCACUUUAUGUUUUUGGAUAAUGAUUGUAUUGAUAUCUAAUUUAAGAUGAAGUUGAAAUAAAGUUUAUAUAUGCUUAUACAUAAA